AUGUGUAUUUAUCAAAAUAUUGAACUUGUCGUGUCCAGGAACGUCUUAAAUCUCUAAAAAUACUGGAUAAUUUACACUCUUCCGGGAGAGUCAGGCGGCUUAGCAGGAGUGGUCACGUGCAAUAACAUUGCGUCAUUUCCGCUAGCCUGAGAUUUAUUUUUUUUUUGUUAUUAUUACUAUUCCCUAAACUUUAACUCCCGUUCUAUUAAAUCCUAUUAACUGAAUAUACAGAUUGUUAAGUCUGCAUCACACACCAAUAACAAACCAAAGUAAACUUAGAAGUCUUUUCGAGACGCAGGUGUCUGUGUCACUGCGCAUGCGCAGUCCGGGCUGAAGCGUCGUCGUUGUUUGCAAACAAACCGCAAACUGCAUGGAUGUGUGAGACGCAGCUGCUGUGAUGGCAGAAAACAACGACAGCGAAAUCAUCGAGCAUCAUGACGACGAAGAGAUGGAGAAAAUGAACAGGCGGAGAAAUGAUUCGCAGUCGUUCAUGGAGAGCGUCACAGCUUCAGAGAGGGAUGGAUACAGCAGCACACAGUCCUCACACCGCCUGCUGGCUUACAGUGAUGCUCUCAUCUCCAUCAUCGCCACUGUCAUGAUAUUACCUGUUGCCCAUAUAAAAUUUCAAGACAGUGAGGAACUGACGGAAAGCAUUCAGUCGCUCCUCACCACUAAGAUUGCCGUGUACCUGAUGACAUUUCUGAUAGUAACAGUUGCUUGGGCAGCACAUAUAAGACUGUUUCAGGUCAUCGAACGCAUCGAUGACACACUUGCACUUCUUAAUUUGGCUUGUAUGAUGCUGAUCACUUUUCUGCCAUACACAUUUUCUCUGAUGGCAACUUUCCCGAACAACACGCUUGGCAUUCUGCUUUUUUGUGCCUGCGUCAUUGUAAUCGGUCUUGUUCAGGCAGUUAUUGUGUUGUAUGGGUUCAGCCGUCCUUUUCUCCUAAACGAGCACAUCCAGAUGUCGGAAAAUCAGGCCUAUUACAGACGCCAUAUUCUUGAAGUUAUAAUGAGAGUGCCUAUAAUGUGUUUCUUCGCUGGCAUCUUUGCAUUCAUCUAUUUUAAACUGUCGUAUGUCCUUCUGGCCCUUGUCAUAUUCAUUCCCUAUAUAUCUCAGGCUAUGAAAUGGAUUUGGACUAAAGCCAUUGGUACUCGGGUGGAGGAGACUCCAGACUCCAUGCUUUUUUAUACGUACCACCCCAGUGAACCACUGAGCAAGGAGCGAGUAGAGGCUUUCAGUGAUGGUGUUUAUGCCAUUGUAGCCACUCUUCUCAUCUUAGAUAUAUGUGAGGACAACGUGCCGGACCCAUCUGUUGUGAAGAAGCAGUAUGACGGCAGUCUUAUCGCUGCUCUCCACGAGUAUGGUCCUGAGUACCUGGCCUACUUCGGCUCCUUCGCCACAGUGGGCCUACUGUGGUUUGUGCACCAUUCACUCUUCCUGCAUGUCACUCGUGCAACACGUUUAAUGGGUCUCUUCAACACUUUCUCCCUAGCUUUCAUAGGUGGCCUGCCACUAGCCUACCAGCUAACACAUGAAUUUCCUCGCGGCUCUCGAAACGAGCUUGAGGCCAUCCAGAUCAGCUGUGUCAUCAUUUUCUUCGCCGGCCUCUUUCAGCUGGCCAUGUGGGUUACGGCGCUUUUCACAGAGCGCGAGACACUCCACCCAUACGUGCGUCAUGGAGGCCGAGAGCACGCUUUCAUGCUUGCUAAGCUCUUGCUCUACCCCUGUGUGGCGCUUGGGACCUUUUUCUCUACAUGUAUCCUCAGCCGCUUUAGCUCACCCAUCUUCCACCUGAUGCAGAUCGCAGUUCCGUUUGCAUUCCUGCUGCUGAGGCUGAUGGUGCAAGUGGCGCUGGCCGUGCUGAGGUGGCUGUUUUGUCCAAAGACACCUAAUGGAAGAAGCGCAUUGGUGGAAGAGGAGGAUGCUCGCGUGCCUUUUACAGACAUUGUCACCUAGCAAGACGGGGAUUAACCCAUGGUAAAAAUCCAGCAAGGUCUACGGGGCCGUUUUCACAAAGGAUUCCUCUAGAAACUCUUGCAAUCUGAUGUGUAAUUGCUUGCUGCAAAGUACGUUUGGAGGAAUUUAGACAACAUUAACCUGCCACUCUGCCACUACUAAGUACAUUCUUAACUACACAACAUCGGCUAGCAGUCAGUAAAUAGUAAUGUGAUUUGUGGGCUUUAAACUUUCAAUCAUUUUAUAAUUUUAAAAGAACCUAGAGGAAAUAGGCUAAAUUUAAUUCUAAGAAUGAAUGUCACUGCUAAAUCCGUCCUAGAUUUAAUGCUAUAACUUUUUUAUAUUGAUGAGAUCUGAGGUCUAGGAUCUUUGUGUUAAACUCAAGCUUAUAUCUUGUAAGUACUUCAGGCAAACUUAAAAUACAAAUUAAAUAUAAUGUCUAAAAUAACAAAUUGACUCCUGCAUAACUGUAUGAUGAAAGUUGUUUCAUUAAAAAAAAAAAUCAGCAUUCAUUUAGAAUCUCUCUAAAGUAGAACAGAAUUUGGUUUGGGGAAAGUAACCACAGACCACAAGCUCAGGACCAAGUGGUUAUACAAGACACCAACCUUGUAUAACUGGAAUGAUGGCACAGAUAUGGUGCACCUGUGGUUGCCAGAACCCAGCCAGUUUUAUAGCCAUUUCAACUAGAUCUCAGCCCCCUGACCCCCCACACAGAUGAUAUCAUGUACCAGUUGAUUUCCUUAUAAAACUGCAUGACAGUGUAGCCCUACCUAAGAAAACGAAUGGUGGUGACACCAAAUAUUAAUUUGAUUUCAAUGUUUCAUGCUAUUUAUAGUCACAAAUUUGAUCUAUAGAUGCUUUAUUAAUUUAUUUUGAAAGUAUCUUUACAUAUUUUGUGUUCAUGUGUGCAGACUGUACUGUACUGUAAUACUUGAAUGAUGACAUGAAGACUACAGAAAUUGAAGCUGGACUGGAGGAAGCUAGCUUUUGCUGUAAUGACAAAUGUCAAUUUUAAAAUGAAUCCAUUCGUGUGUGAGUAUUUUAAAGUCUGUCGCAAGAGAAAGUCGUCGAGCUAUUGUUCUAUUAUUUCUCAUGGUCUGAAUGGUCUCUUAUUGAUGGAUACAACUGCUUUAUUUUUAAUUUGUUGGAAUUGUAAUGUCUGUUGAUAAAUUUUAAUGUUUUUCACACAGAUAUCAGAGGGAUGCAAACAUUUGCACUCAGUUGUGUUGUCUGCAAACAUUUGUGUUGUUUAAUCCACACUGUUGUAUAAUGAAAUAAGUAUAAUUAAUGAAAAACUCUUUAGUAAAACUCAUCAAACAUCC